GUUGUGUGGAGUGCCGUCGGGUUUAAAAUAUAUUCUAUUCUAUUAUUUUAUUAUCAUUUUCAAUAUAGUAAAUGUGUUGCCGAAAAGCUACAGAGUUUUGAGCGCGUAGCGAUAAUUUAUGAUAAACAUUCUUUUGUGUUUGAUAAUGAUUCUGAUGAAUUCUAUUGCUUUCGCAUUACGGUGUCAAACAUUUUGGUGACGAGUGAGUGGAAGUAGGCAAAGUGCGCAAUCAAAAAAAAAUAAUUAGAACGAAUUACAUGACAAAUACAAAGCAUAAGUGACGUAAAGUGCCGGUUGCGGAUGCGGAUGUGGAUGUAAAUGUAAAUGUAAAACAAAAAUAAUAUAAUGACAUGCAAGAAAAAUUAAAAUGAAAUAACAACAACAAUGCAAUAUUAAUAAAAAAUAUGAAAACAAUUUAAAUUUGAAAUAAACUUUAAGUGUGGCAGCGAUUUUUUAUUAUCAACAAUUAUAAAUAUAUAUGUAUGUAAAUAUAACUAAAUAUAAAUAUAUAUGCAAAGAAUUUGCAACAACAACAAAAAAGAACACGAAAUUAAGCAGUGAAUCACGCUGCGCUCGUUGGUCGGUGUAUAAUUUCGUCGAUAAAUAUUUGAAUUGCUUUUGUGACAGAUAGGAAAUAGCCGAGCAAACACGCUCGUACUUACACAUACAUAAGUGAGUUCGUAUGUACAUAAAUGUAUGCCGCUGUAUCAACUAAGCAAAGUAAAGUCAACGUAUGACAGACAGCUGAGCGUUUAGUGGAGAAACCGAAAUCGGAAAUAGCACAAAACAUUUGUGGCGUUUAGGUAAUAAGCGAAAAAAGAGUAAAUAGCAAAAUUCGCGAACGCGCGUGUGAAUUUGGAAUUUUUCGACGCUUUCAAUUGCUUUUAUUUUCACGCCUUCUUUUCUUUUUUUGGCACUUUUGUUUGCUUAAUAAUACAUUUAUUCUUGGUAAAGCACAUUUCUAAUGCUAAUAAAAGCGCCAUACAAAGUGCAUGAGUAAGCAGCUAAAGCAAGACAACAAAAACAAGCAAAAAGUUAUAAAAACUAAAAUACUUGUGCAAAUCGCCAAGCGGAAAUACCAUUUGACCCAACACUCGAGCGGGUGCAAGUGCCAGCCAGCUGAGCACAAAGCGGCGCACGAGAGCGUUGAUGAACAAUGCGACUGGAUGGGCAGCGCUUGCUACAGACUACACAAUAAUAACAGGCGCUGAGUGAGAAAAAUAGAUAAAUAAUUAUAUGAAAAGUAAUUAAUUAUAAAUUGAAAAGGAACAUUGAUGAAAUAUAAAUUGAAAGAAAAAUAUAUAAAAUAAAAGUAAAAUACAUAAUAUAAAAGAAAAAAAUUAUAAAAUAAAAGAAAAAUUUAUAAAUUAUAAUUUAAAAAUAAGAAUACAAUAAAUAAAAAAAUUUCAAAAAAAACGCUAGUGAAGUGCAAAAAAUUACUUACACCACGGAUCACAGGCCAUAAUAGCAAAAACAAGUGCACACAACUCGUACAAAAACAAUAAAAGAAAGGAUCAAAAUAGAAAAGUCGAAGAAAGAGCGGAAGUGGCAACACUAAAAUAACAUAAAUCAGCAGGCAGCACACAGCAUAGCGGCUUGGAGUGGCUCUGUCAUACACAACGACGUCCCUAGAAGCCCCGCUGUUAAGACGCUUCGACCUACCAGCAGCCGCUUCGCGGUGUCAUUGAGCUUUGGCCAAUACAGCUGGGGUGUGCUGAUUGCAUUGUUGAUGCACUAGCAGUGCAACACAAGCAUAAGUAGAACGAGUACAAGGAAGAAGAAGUACGCGCGUUCACAAGGAAAUGUGGUGGCAAUAAAGCAUACAUACAUACAUAUGUAUGUACACAAAAGCAAAAACGAAAAAAAAUUGUGUGCGCAACAGGAAGAGUUCUGCUUUCACGCGUGUGUAAACAGACAAAUAUUAUAUAUAAUUUUAGCCAACAAGUUGAGGCAAUUUGAAGCAAUUGGAGGCGGGAAUAAGAAGCAAACAAAACAAAUAAAGACAAAAUUUAUAUUUGCAGCUUUUUGUAUUCGAGAGAAGAAUAAAAAAAAACUUUGUAGUGAAAAAAAAAUUGCAGCCCCAGAAAAAAAAAUAAAAAAAUAUACAAACAAUUUUAUUAACGCCCAUAACGGAAAUCAACAACAACGACGUUUAAUAAAAUAAUAUUAUACAACAACAAUCAUAAUAAAAUACAAAAACAACAAGCGUAAGAAUAAAAGUCAGUAAUCAUAUCAGUAAACAAUCGGUCGUCUGCUGUAGUAGUCUCACAGACAAGAGAUAUAAAUAAAUAAAACGUCGAAGAUAGCAGCGCAGCGCAGCGCUCGUACUGCAACAAUUACAAUAAUAACAACAGUUAUCACAGUAAUAAACAGCAAACCAUACAAAUCGUCAGUCGAACGUCAGCAACAAAUCAACUCACACAAGUCAACAGAAGCGGAGUGUGAGUACACAUACAAAUAAACAUACACACUUGAGUACAAUAAAAAAAAAAAAAAACAAAUGAAAACACAAUCAGAACAUAUAAUAACACAAACCUAAAAGAAGGAAAAAAAAACAAAAACAACAAUAGUUCAACAAGCAGCUUCGUCAAGCACUAAGAAGAGAAAGGCAAUAGCAAUAGCAAUAACAACAAUCAUAGUCGCCCCAAAUUGUACGCGACUACAAACAAACAGACGGAAAACCGAACGUCCGAAAGGCGGAAAGGCAGAAAGCUAAGAAACGCAAUCGCAUAAGCACUGUAAGCAGCAAGCGAGAACACAAACAGAUAGCCAACCAAGCAGCUGGCUGGCUAUAUACGGCGGGCGGGAGUUAAGCAGGCGGACAAAGUCAACGCAGUCGACCAUUUAGCCCCCAACAAACGCCACCAAGCUUGGCCCUGUGUAUUGCACGCGCAGCCGGCAGACAACUGUGUUCUGGAUCUGGACAUAUCCGCUUCCGCAUUGUGUUUGGCUUCGCAUUUCUGUUCUGUUCUUUUACGCUUCGUUACACACAUGUGUACGUAGUUACAUAGUAGUUCGUUUACGUCUUUUGGCAUUUUGGUUUUGGCAAAGAAGACGGUCGCCAACAAGUCCGCGUAGACUACAUAUGCUACACACACACAUCUAACGUUUUGUUGUUAGCGGAAAAAAUAGAAAACUUGAUAUUUAUUGGUUUCUCAGGAGCGGGCUCCAUUUAAGCAUAAGAAACGUUGUAGCAGUUCAACUUUACAUGCAACAUAUUGUACUUUAAGAUCGGUUCGUGUACAUUCGUUCGGUCGUUCGUUCGUUGUGGUUUACACUACAGCUAGCCAGCUAGCAGCUAGCGCAACUUGAUUAGCAGCGAGCAGCGAGCAGUGAGCAGCUUAUUGGGCGACCCAGCGACCCAGUGUCGCAGCAGUCGUAUUUCCGUGUGGCGUUGGUCAACACAAACAAUUAAAAUCGUGCACGCGUCUCUGGUUCAAAAUGAAAAUGCUUCCCGUACAGCUGUCGUUGAAUCCGCAGCUCGGUCUGUGGGGUGAUAUGUUGUGGCGUUGCCCGCCGGCGCCCUCCAGCCAAUUGGCUGAAUUGAAGACACAAUUGCCGCCAUCGUUGCCAUCCGAUCCGCGUUUGUGGGGUCGCGAAGAUGUCACCGUCUUUUUACGCUUCUGCGAACGUGAAUUCGAUCUGCCGAAAGUGGAUCAUGAUCUCUUCCAAAUGAACGGCAAAGCGCUUUGCCUGCUAACACGCGCCGAUUUCGGUCACCGCUGUCCGGGCGCUGGUGAUGUAUUACACAAUGUGCUACAAAUGCUCAUCAUCGAAUCCCACAUGAUGCAAUGGCAUUUACCCAACAGUCCGGUCACACCGACCAGUCGUUAUCCUUUGUCGCCGCAUAGCCAUCCACAGACGCCCACAUGGCCACCAAUCGGCGCACCACCGGACAGCCCAUUUCACAAUGCGCAUAUGCAUCACUUUAUGGCACCCAAUUCGGUAACGCUCAGCCCGCCGCCGUCGGUGGACUCACAAGCCAGCAGCCCGCCACAAAGCCAGGAACAAAAUUUGGCAGUUGCCGCCGCCGCCGCAGCAGCGGCCGCUACCGCUUCUGUGAGCGCUGCCAGCACGAGCAGCAGCAGUAGUAGUAGCACCAGUAGCGGUAGCAGUAACAGCGGUUUGGGCGUGACCAGCAGCACCGCCAACGGUAAUCUGCUUCCACCAGCCAUCUCGGUAACAAUGAGUAACGGCAACAGUUACCCAGCACAUCAUGCGACCGCCAGCACAGGCGCCAGCAGCAAUCAAUCCGAUUCGGAUGAGGAAGGCAGUUACUCAGAGCUGGCAGCGGCCAAUAGUUUGUCCAAAAACAGCGCAGCGGCAGCAGUUGUAGCAGCACAUUAUAGCGCCAGUCCGCCAACAACGCCUAUAUUAAAGGAUAUGCCACAGAGCUUAUCGCAACAGAUUACAAACAGUUUUGUCAAUUCAUGGUCACAGAACCAGGCGGCACAGGCCAUGAGCCAGAAGUAUCAGCCGAAUGGCAGUAGCGGCGGUUCAGUUUCGGCGCCGACGACGCCCAGCUAUAUGCAGCCUGUGAAACGCGAAUUCUUCCCGGAAACCACAGAACCCAAUACAAAUGGUCGUUUGCUAUGGGAUUUCUUGCAACAAUUGCUCAACGAUCGCAAUCAGAAGUACAGCGAUUUGAUCGCGUGGAAGUGUCGCGACACAGGCGUCUUCAAGAUCGUCGAUCCCGCCGGUUUGGCCAAACUGUGGGGCAUACAAAAGAAUCAUCUCUCCAUGAACUAUGAUAAAAUGUCACGCGCGCUACGCUACUAUUAUCGCGUCAAUAUACUGCGCAAGGUCCAGGGCGAACGCCACUGCUACCAGUUUCUGCGCAAUCCAACCGAGCUCAAGAACAUCAAAAAUAUUUCGCUGCUCCGACAAUCCGUUGCCGGCAAUAGCGGUGCAACAACCGCAGCUAGUGGUGCUAAUAAUGCCAACGGCGCCAAUAACAGCAAUAGCAACAAUAAUAACAAUACAAAUAACGGUAACAACAGCAAUCAGUCACCCAGUACAAAUUUGAACAGUACAAAUUGGACUUUGCCGCAUCCACAAUCGCCGCAGCGUCACCCAGCCGCGCACGGCAGUAACGGUAAUGGCAACAGCAGCGCCAACAACAGCCUGAGUCACAGCCACAAUCACAGCAAUGGCCUCAACAGUCCGCACAUGAGUCUACCUGCAAUUUCACAAUCCGCCGCAGCCGCUGCUGUAGCCGCCGCAGCUGCGGCCGCCUACGGUCCACCACCCACAUCGCCGCUCUUCAUGCACGCCAUCAACGGUGCCUUCCAAUACCUAUCGAACCCGACGGGCGCACCGCCCAACUCGCCCGCAAUGCCACACACCCCAAGCGAAAAAUUUCAAUUCGGCGCCUUAAAAGUGGAACACAACAGUGGGUCGCGUUCGCCCGAUCACGGUGACGAAAUGAAACCCACGGAUCUCAGCGUCUCAGGCAAUAGCACCGAAAAGCGGCCUUACUCAAGCCCCUCGGCGGAGGAUUGCUAUCCACUCAUACGUAACGCUGACGGUCUGACCACAAUCAAGCUAAUACGCUACAAUAAUGAGAGCCAUGAAUCAAGCGCCGCCAAGCAAACCGCGCACGAACAACAACAACAACACCACCAGCAACAGCAGCAAUCGCAUACCGAACAGCAACAACAAGCGGAACAGCAACACCAACAACAGCACACCCCCAUGGAUCAUAUGGACAAUGAGGGCAAUGAUGAGGACAGCGUGCAUGCUGCUGCCACUGCAGAUAGCAAUAAAUAUGGCGCCGCCAAUCUAAUGCCAACCGAUCUGCGCAAGUAAACGACGUGUAGGAGAGACACAGUGAUAGGAGCUAACUAAUAUGACAAUAUGCAACAAGAAGACGAUGGUGUGCCGAACCAAAAGUAAUUACAUACGUGCAUCUAAGUUGCUGACACACACACACACAACAAUAACAACAACGCCAGGACAAUCAUUCAUAGUUAAGUGGAGAGUGCUGUGAGAGGUGUGUGGGCGCGAGAGAGCAACUCAGGUGUGCGCUUAAUGAGAGAUGGCAGGCAAUUAGUGAUAGUGAUGUGAGAAAACUAUUGCAGUGCCCAAUAACUGUUUGGAGAAGUCUACAAAAAAGUCUACAAAAAAGUCUACAGCAAAGUCUCCAUAAAAGUUCUUCUGCUCCAGUGUGCCAAAUCUACGUUUGUAUGUAAGCUCAAGCAUCGUCCAAGUUGCAUGAAAUUCAAUAAUUCACAAUUCCACGGGAAUUCAUACCAGCGUCGGCAAGUGAUCGUGUUCCGCUCAGCUAUGAUUCAUUUGCGCUGACGCUGUUGUUGCACUUCGGUCAAAUUAACAGCUGUUUAUGUAUGUAAGUGGCAAGAAGUUGCACAUUUUUAUUAUUAUUUAAUUAUAUGCCGUAUUGAUGUAGUGAUUGGAAGUGUGCAAGCACACAGGCAGAUAUUUGCAAACAAAUACAUACUUACAUGCAUAGUAUGUCUAGAAAAGCUUAGAUUUAUAUGUGUGUAGGAGAGUAUAUAAAAUCAUUAUUAUAUUAAUUGCAAAUGUCUGCAUUAAUUAUAUACAUACAUAUUUUGUAUGCACAUAUGCAUAUAUUAUAUAAAUAUAUAGAGUAUAUACAUAUAUACAUAGAACAUAGUUAAGCGUUUUGUAUAGUUUGUAAAUGUUAGACGCGUAUAUUUAUGUUUAGAUGCAUAGAUUAUACUAAUAUAUUAUACAUAUAUACUAUAAGGAAAUAUAAAUAAUAUAUAUAUAUGAAAGUAUAUAUUUACAAUAACUAUAACUGUGUAACAAAUAGAUUACAUACAUAUAUACACUUGCAUACAUAUAAAUUGACAAAAUAAUUAACAUUACCGUUAUUUAUAUGCAUAAAUGCAUAGAUAAAAAAAUGUUAUAUAUAAAUAGUAUAUACAUAUAUACAUAUAGUAUGUAUAUAUGUAAUACUAAAAUUAAGGAUUAAUAUACUCAUUAAUAAUUCAAAAACAGAAAUUCGAACACUCAGAGACACAGACACACACUCACACAUAUAUACAUAAUGAACAGCAACUAAUUUUUAUAUAGUAUAUGUAAAAUGCAUUAAAACUUACAUAUACAUAUGUAUAUAUGUAUGUAUACUUGCUAAUUUAAGCCAAUUUAAAAUUGUAGUUUUUGUUUUGUUUUCUUUGUAAAUAGUGCAAUUUUUCGAAAACUGUUGUCGUAUUUGAACAUUUUUAUAUGAAAAAGCUCAGUUCUGUCAAAUUGUUAUUGACUUGUGUGAAUGAAUCGCAGAAAACUGCGAAAGCUCUGCAUUCAAGGUCAAGCAAACUGCGUACAAACGAUGCUAGAGGAAGGAAAAUGAGCAGAAGGACAUGACAACUGAGCUUUGAAAGCUUAGAUACAAGCAAGUUAUAGAGCUUUUUGAGCAAUAAAAGCUCAUAUGGUCAUUUUAAGCGAAUAAAAAUUGAGCAGAAGGACAUGACAACUGAGCUACUUGGAUACCAACAAGCCACAGAGCUUUUUGAUCAGUGAAAGCUCGUAUGGUCGUUUUAAGCGACAAAGUAAUGUUUGUCUAACACGAGUUUAAGGAUAUCAGUUUAAAGCUUUUUUUAUGCACAUCUUAAGCAAGCAAGCUAAAAGUCAAUAUAGUACUAAGCUUUUGCAAGAUUUAAACAGGUUAUCUUAGACUGACAAGCACAUGAAUAUUUGCAAAUAAAAGUCAGUGUGAAAACUGAACAAAAGCAUUAGUAUGAAUGCUUAAAAUCAAACACUUACAUAAAGCUCAAACCUCGAGCUUUCAAAACUUAAAGUUGGUUAUUGCUAAGCUUGCAAGUUUAAGUAGUUUAAGUGCGUAAGCUUAAAUACGCUCAAUUGUUUUCAAAACUUUGUCUCAAAAUUGUGGAAAGCUCAAAGGAUACAUUUUCAGAGCUUAAAGCAAUAAAUUCUUAAUGUAAUUGAAUUUCGUGAACAAUAUUAAUAGAGAAAAUCUUGUUAUUUACGCUGAAAAGCUAUGUGGUCGUUCAAAAGCUCAUGAUUACAUCAAUUUUAAAUUUUUCAAAGCUCACAAAAUUGUUUUUGCAGCAAACCAAGCCUAAUCUUUUUAGCCAAUUUUGAAAGCUUUGCUUUGCAGUUUUAUAAAGCUUUAGCCUUGAAAAUGAUAAAGUAGGGACAAAUUGACAAGUUAAUUUGCACAUUUUUUUGACAUUUUACUGCAAUUUCGUUUACAGAAAGCUUUCCAAAAGCUUUUUGGUAGUCUCAAGCUGCAAUAAUAAUUUGAAAACUCACUGGGAGUUUCACAAAAGUUCUGAAUACAGCAUUUUUCGAGAAUUUUGCAUAGCUAUUACAUAAUUAUUCUUUUCUUAAACUGAGUGUUUUUUGAAACUCGCUCAAGUUGUCGUUUUUCGGACAACCAUACGAGGGGUGUAAUGUGCCAAUUACAAUUUAAUAAAUAAAUAGUAAUUUUUAAUCGAAAAUAUGCUUUUUCGCAUACAAAUAUAUGAAUACGUGUAAAUUUUAGUAUAAAAGUUUAUAUAUUUUAAAAUAAAUUUCAAUUUCUUCCAAGCACUUGCUAACCUUACUUUUAGUAACAACACCAGAAAAACAAAAAAUAAUUAUUAGCAAUUACUAAAUAUUUUCAAGAUGUAAAAUUAAACUAUAUACAUACAUACAUACAAAAAAAUAUAUUAUUUUGCUGUAGUCCACAUAAGUGAUCCUUUUUAAGCUUUACAAUAACGCCUCGGAACAGGUUUCAGCAAUGGCGACAAUUACACACACACGCAUACACACAUACACACAAACACACAUAGGCACGCGCAUAUGUACAUAUAUGCAACAAACAAACAUACAUACAUAUAUUAUAUACGUAUGUACAUAUGUGUAGCAUACAUAUGUAUAAAUAAGUAUAAAAACAGUUAAAGUUGACAUAGAAGGUAAAUAUUUGUUUUUAUUGUUGUUUGUAGUUGAAAAAGAAAUUUAAAAAUUAAAUUAAAUUUUGAAAUUUCAAAAAAAACGAAUGCUUGACGUUUUCACAGUUAUAACAAAUAUGAAUAUAACAACAAAAUAACUAAAAAAUUCUCUUUUAAGCUUUGCACAUAAUUUUUAAGUUAAAUAUCUUAAAAUACUCCAAACACACACACACAAAUACACACACGCAUACAGUUAAAAUGCUAGCGGUUUUUGUUUUUCAAAUACAUACAUACAUACAUAUUUACAUGCAUAUGCUUAUGUAUACAUACAUAUGUAUAUGGUAUGUAUGUAGAUUAGCAAUGUACAAACAACAAAAACCACGCAAAAGGUAUUAAAAAUAAUUAUUGUUUUAUUAAAAAAAAAUUAAAUACAAAAAUUUUUCAGCAAAAAAACAAAUGUGAUAGAAAAAUAUGAAAAAGUUGAAGUUUGCAUACAGACAUAAAAACAUACAUAUGUACAUAUGUAGGAAUGCAAACCAAUGCCUUGGCGCCUAAGCAUUUUAAAUUUUAUUAAUUUUUUUUUUCAUUUUUUUUUAAUUUUUUUAUUUAAAAUUUUUUUCAAAUUU